GAUCCGUCGGGGCGAGGUUCGAUUGGUCCUGUCUGCGCGACGGUGGGGAUUGGAACGGCGGCAUUGGUCGAUUCGCGUCCGAACGGGCGCGGCGGUGGGUCGACGGUAGUGGGAUGUGUUUGAACAAGAUCGGGAGACUCGAGAGUAGCGGGUACACUCGCUAACCGGCCUCCAUCCACACGGCAACACAGAGAGACAGAGAGACGGUAUUACUGGUUGAACGAGGGAGAGUGGAGGCGAGGUGGCUCGAAUACACAGAUCCCCGCUCAAACAACCUCGAUCCGUUCGCUCGGUCCGGUUGCUCGUCCUACGGUCGUGGUGCCCGCGCGUACCCAGGUCCCCUCGUCGUCGCGUCGUUCAUCGCGCGUUUAUUGUCGUCGCGCGCCAGUUUCACGAAUCGGCUAGUGCUCGUUUUUUCCCAGUUCGGGUUUCUCAGCGAUUAAAAGUGACUAAACAGGAUUUCCACUGGUGUACGAGGAACGAGAUAUGUCACGACGUUGAAGAUUCAGUGAGAAAUAAUUCAGUGUCGACCGUCGAUAGUGCUUCGUGUUACAGAGAGUAUAAAGAUAAAUCAGAAGAACUUUUAAACAGCAGUGUUGUCUUCGCGUCGCCGGAGACCAGGACCAGGAAUCUCGAAGUUUGUUACGCGCCUCUCGAUCAUCGAGCGCGCGUCCCAGCGAUCGAGAGGCGGUGAAUAUACACCCUUCCGUUUGUAAGUGCGCGUCCGGAGGUGCGACGGGGCUACCCCAACCCCGACGGGAAGAUUAAGGAAUCGUCGCAUUACCAGCAGCAGCCGUGGUACCGCGGUUUUCAUGAUUCCCGUUUGACGAGCAGACAACAGUCCGGCACCCCGGCACCGGUGACCUCUAUGACCAUGCUCCAGUCGCAGAAGCUGUACAGCGACGGCUGCCUGGGCGGCGCGAUGACCAGCGCCGCGAUGUCCACGAUGGGCAGCAUGGCGCCGACGUACAGCUCGAUCAACUCGGUGAUGCCGAUGGGCAUGUCGAUGGGCGUCGGAGUCGGGCCCAGCUGUAGCCCUCAGGGCGCCGGAGGUUUCAACAUGAACACCAUGAGCUCGGCGAUGGGCAUGGCAUCGAUGGGCGGCGGCGGCAUGGGCAGCUAUGGGAGCGCGUCGAUGGGAAACGCCGGCGCCUGUAUAGGCGGCGUCGGGUACAGCACGUUGACGCCGGGCGGCGGCGCCGGGAUCACCAGGGAUCCUCUUUCUCUGACCGAACCAGACUCCCCGAACGCGGCUCUGCAACGCGCGAGGACUGACAAAUCUUACCGGAGAGCUUACACCCACGCGAAACCACCGUACUCGUACAUCAGCCUCAUCACCAUGGCUAUACAGAAUGCACCGACCAAGAUGCUCACGUUGUCGGAGAUUUACCAGUUCAUAAUGGAUCUGUUCCCGUUCUAUCGGCAGAACCAGCAGCGCUGGCAGAACUCCAUCAGGCAUUCGCUCAGUUUCAACGAUUGCUUCGUGAAGGUCCCACGAACGCCCGACAAGCCGGGGAAGGGUUCUUUCUGGACUCUACACCCGGACAGCGGGAACAUGUUCGAGAACGGUUGUUACCUGCGUCGGCAGAAGAGGUUCAAGGACGAGAAGAAGGAGCUCACCAGGCAGAACAACAAGCAUCAACAACACCAGCAGCAUCACAGCGGGGGCGCGGCGGCAGCUGCGGCUGCUGCGGCCGCCGCCGUUGCUGGACACAACAGUCCGACGUCGCACGACCUAGCCGGGAAGAAAACCCCGUCUUCGCUUCACCACGGACCACAGCAGCAGGACGACAAGGACUUACAUUCCCUGGUGUCGUCGCAUCACCACCAUCACGCGGCUAGUCUUCAUCAGCAUCAUGCCGCUUUAAAGAGCGACGCGACGGACAUAGGCGGCCUCCUUGGGCCAGACUUAGGCGCUGCGCACGACGAACUCACGGCUAUGGUCAGCCGAAGUCUCCAUCCGCAUCUGAUCUCCGACCCCGCCGCCCUUCAUCACGGAAUGACGGGCAGUCUGAAGCAGGAACCACCGUACACUGCCGCCAGCCAUCCCUUCAGCAUCACGAGGUUACUACCGGGCGCCGCAGGAGCGUCGCCCGGCGCACAGGACACCAAACCGCCGGAGAUGAAGAUGUACGAACAGCUGCACCAGAGUUACGCGAACUUCGGCUCGCCGCAUCACCCUCACGCGCAUUCCGCGCCGCCGAGUCAUCAUCAUCACAACGGCAUGCACACGGGCUCGAACGCUGCCGGUCCCAUGCACAAUAUGUCCAACCAUCAUCAUCAAGAGUAUUACCAGACACCGCUUUACCAUCACGCGACCAGCGUCGCCAGCAGCAGCGCGCCACCGCCGCCUACCGUCGCUACCGCGACGCCGGUUGCGGCGUACGCCGCCACCGCCUCGAACACGACGAACCUCGUUCUUCCUACUCAACAGCAGCAGCAAAUUCAACCGACGCCGUCCUCUUCGUCGUCGUCGUCGUCCUCUGCUUCCUCGGCAACGGCUGCGCCGACGACGCUCCGUGCUCCGACCUCGUCGCAGCAGGAGCAACCGGCCGAGAGACAAGAGCGACGACGACGUCGUUGCGACGACGCGGGUCAAGUCGAGACUUGCUGGCCACCGGUCGUUCACGUGGACGAUUACGACGAAGAGGAGGAAGAAGACGACGAGGAGGAUAUCGUCUGUAUGGGUGGCCGUGAGUUUGGUUUAUACAUGGUCGGGAUAAUUGUUGAUUUACGAUUAGCCAAGNCGGCGGCAGCUGCGGCUGCUGCGGCCGCCGCCGUUGCUGGACACAACAGUCCGACGUCGCACGACCUAGCCGGGAAGAAAACCCCGUCUUCGCUUCACCACGGACCACAGCAGCAGGACGACAAGGACUUACAUUCCCUGGUGUCGUCGCAUCACCACCAUCACGCGGCUAGUCUUCAUCAGCAUCAUGCCGCUUUAAAGAGCGACGCGACGGACAUAGGCGGCCUCCUUGGGCCAGACUUAGGCGCUGCGCACGACGAACUCACGGCUAUGGUCAGCCGAAGUCUCCAUCCGCAUCUGAUCUCCGACCCCGCCGCCCUUCAUCACGGAAUGACGGGCAGUCUGAAGCAGGAACCACCGUACACUGCCGCCAGCCAUCCCUUCAGCAUCACGAGGUUACUACCGGGCGCCGCAGGAGCGUCGCCCGGCGCACAGGACACCAAACCGCCGGAGAUGAAGAUGUACGAACAGCUGCACCAGAGUUACGCGAACUUCGGCUCGCCGCAUCACCCUCACGCGCAUUCCGCGCCGCCGAGUCAUCAUCAUCACAACGGCAUGCACACGGGCUCGAACGCUGCCGGUCCCAUGCACAAUAUGUCCAACCAUCAUCAUCAAGAGUAUUACCAGACACCGCUUUACCAUCACGCGACCAGCGUCGCCAGCAGCAGCGCGCCACCGCCGCCUACCGUCGCUACCGCGACGCCGGGCUUGUGACACCACGCCACGCACCCUUACGCCUUGGCCUGAGCCGCUGCAGUUGCGGCGUACGCCGCCACCGCCUCGAACACGACGAACCUCGUUCUUCCUACUCAACAGCAGCAGCAAAUUCAACCGACGCCGUCCUCUUCGUCGUCGUCGUCGUCCUCUGCUUCCUCGGCAACGGCUGCGCCGACGACGCUCCGUGCUCCGACCUCGUCGCAGCAGGAGCAACCGGCCGAGAGACAAGAGCGACGACGACGUCGUUGCGACGACGCGGGUCAAGUCGAGACUUGCUGGCCACCGGUCGUUCACGUGGACGAUUACGACGAAGAGGAGGAAGAAGACGACGAGGAGGAUAUCGUGUGAGAAGUUUUAUCGAGGUGAGAAUCUGGCGGCCUGGAUCUUCGUCGAUUUUUCGGGGGACGGGCGUCGAGGCGCCCGCGUUCGGAGGCGAAGGAGGCCAUAGGCAGGUGCGAAUUUUCGGAUUUAUUUCUACCGAAAGGAGUGGACGUUUGAUCGCGACAGCUGUAUGGGUGGCCGUGAGUUUGGUUUAUACAUGGUCGGGAUAAUUGUUGGUAGGUCGUUUAGUGUGAUGUUAAGUACUACUCGAGGCAUCUUUAUUGUGGGUUGUUAUGGUCGCGUGAUCCUUUGAUGGAAGCUAUUUCGAAUCGUGAACGAACACCGAUUCCUUUCGAGCGUUCUGCUCUUCUUAACUCGAAACCCUUUCCCGAUUCGUUUUAUUAACCCCGGACACGUUUGACAAGCAUCUUCUGUAUUUUUCGCGCGAACGUUUUACAAACUUCGGAGGACUGUUUGUUUGUUUCGAUUUCACUAGCUUGUCUCGUUUUCAUUUCGCGUUCAUAUUCGGCUUGUUAAGAAGAGCAACGUUGCCUCUCGUCCGAACGAUGUCGAUGUUUCCACGAUCUGCUACUUUAAACAGAUUUAUUUCCAAACACUUUGCUAGGAAUCUCGUUUGAAAUUAUUUAGAUUUACGAUUAGCCAAGUACGACGUUAAAGAAUCUCGAUAUUUGCGGAAAAGUAAAAUGUUUGUCUCGAUAUUGGCACGAGCUUUAAGAUGAAAUUUUUAUUUCUAUUUAUAGUAGAUUUUGUUUGAACUUGCAAACUCAUUCUCGACGUUCCAAGUAGCUAUUUCUCAAUAGUAGUCGGUUAUCUUUCGUUCGUUUUUAUAUUCUGAACGUGCAUCGACAUCGUAUCGUCGAUCGGGGCGAUCGAUCGUUUCGUUGCGACGGAAAAAUCUAUCGAGAUGCCGAUUAAGCGCCACUCGAAUCCCGUGACUCAGAUCGCGAUUUAACGACGCGCGACAGACCUAAUUGCUUUCGUCAGUUCGAUUUCGUUCGUUCGAAGCUACGAACGAAGCUGUGCAUCUCGAGGAAUAUUUUCUGUGAUACGCGACAACGAUCCGCGAUACGUGACGCUCGUCUAGAACAUCGACUACCCCCUCGUUCCUCUCUGAUCCUUUUCUUUCGAUCGAUCGUCGUGCAUUCGCGGUCGUACGCGUGUUUCGCCAACUAAAACGAAAGGGAACGGAAGGGUUACGAAGCGAAACGUAGUAGUCGUCGUCGAACGAUCCGUUUCUAUUUGCAAUACAGCAGUGCAAUUUCCUUCGCGUCGAAGGAAGUUGGUCGGACCGAUUGAAUCGAGUUUGUUGUUGGCGCUUCGAGACACGUACCUGCACGGAUCUUCCCGCGUUUAUUUUAAGAAGUUUGCUUGUCGAAACUCUGAACUCACGAUUCCAUUUCGUUUAAGAAAAUGUAUUUUUAUAACGGAGAAACGUCGUGUCUAUCGUUCGCUUACAAUUUCCUGUCGAUCUGCAUUUACAAUUGCCCGCGUCUCCGCGAGACAAAAGACGGGCACAGACAAUCGCUAGACGAUUGUUUAUCGAGCACAUAGUUCGCGAUACCAGAGAGCGAUAGCGUAGGUCUUUUUUCGGAUUAUCUGUACCUUCGAUGAUGCACACCGUUUUCCGAUCGGCUGUUUUCAUCGCCGGUCGUUGAUCUCAUUCCGUUCUCCGACGCGCGACGGUUACCUGCUUAUCGUCCCGCUGCAAUUACGCACGCGUUUACAUCAGCAAUUAAUCGGCAUCGUUCAUUCGAUAAUAAUUAAAAGACUUAUCGGGGAUUUAUCGAUAAGCUGACACAUUUUUCAGUAUCCCGGGAUCUGUGCGAAUUUCUUUCGUUCCCUGAACGACUUUCGUAAAUAAUUCUUCAUUCCGUUCUGAGUUUAAUACUCGCGUGUCCUCAGAGUCUCGACGAGUAAACGUUUGGCGAAUACGUGAACAUCGUAAUUAGCAUUGAGAAGAAAUUGGAACGUGUCUCGAGGCAGUUUGAGGCUUCGAACGAGAUGAGAGCCCGUUUCGAUGGUCGGCUCGGAGCCGCGCGAGCGUCGAGCGAAAAAAUGUGAUAAUCCGCGAGAAUAAAUCUAAAUUAAUGAACGUAGGCUUGCGAGAGACGCCUGUGUAUUUGCCGCGUAGAGGUGCGCGUUCGUGCGCGCCCGUGUGCGAUUACACUAAUUAUACAGACGCUGACGCAUCGACGGUUGACGAAGGGACAGACGUACACGGGCCCACGCGCGAACGCGCGGAGAGAAACCGAGAAGCUAAAGGAUUCCUUUAAAAGAGAAGCGUCGAAAGCAGGACACGUCCAGCGUUUUUUUUGUAUCAUACGUGUAGAUAGCCGCACAACGUAACGCGUACGAUGUACAAUAUUAUAUAUGUUACAGAGAGAGCUAUAUAAAUAUAAAUAUUAUAAAUAUAAAUAUAUAAAUAAAUGGAGUCUAACGAUUGCAUCAUGUUAGGUAUAUACAUAUUAUAUAUAUUAUAUAUAUAUAUUAUACAAAGUGAGAGAGUGAAUGAUCGUGUGAGAGAGAAGAUUGUACAGCGAGUUUCAAAAGCAUCUCUCCCUUUUAUGCCCCGCUCCGUUCGUUCUUCUAUUCCCCGUGGACAGCUGGAACCCUCGAGCUUGCUGCCACCGAGCCCGUUCGACUCUGACCAACCUCGAGGGUUGCUUUUGAAACGCGCCCCACCUCGAAACGCCCUGUAAAUAAAGGAGAGGCGAAACCCAGGGAGAGUAUGUAGCCCAGCGCGCAUCGCGGAAGAUCACCGAUCGCGUUAAGAUAAAUCGUCGGCCUCUACAGUCAGCGUGUUCCUCCACGUUUUCCUCCUGUCCGACCGUUCAGUUGUUCCUCGUCGAAUUCGACAGUGAUCAUCGUUCGAAAGUACCGACGCGCGUUUCACUUCGAUCCUGACGUCGUCGAAAGAAUUCUUGUACGUAUAAUUCAGGGAAUCGAAAUGGAGAUCUUCCAGUCUCAUUGAGAUACCGAUUAAUUAUUUUUGUCGAUCGAUCGAGCGUAAACGAGCGUUCGAACUUUUGAGCGAUUCGCCGGCUAUCGACGGCAGUAGAACGAGUGAGAAAUCUUAUUUGCCCCUAUCUUCCCGAUCAUCUUUCGGCCUUCGAUCCGAUGGAUGGUGGCACCGCGAUGAAAAGGGGAACGCGAGAAAAAAAAAAAUAAAUCUCUUCGCCGUGCAUCUUCACGCUUUGAUUGUUCCUGCGCGUCCCGGCAUUCGUCCGCGCGCUUGUCCACGGAUAUUCUCCCCGCGGGGGAUCGGUGAACCUACCGUUUUUCGUCCUGCCCGCGAGCCGCCGUUUCAGAAUCUUUCCCUGUUCUCUAUAACUUCUACUUGUUCGAACCGCCGUUUUCGGACGUAUACAUUUUUCAGUGUCGUUUCCGGCCCGGGGAUGAGCGAACGUAUUAACCUCGGAAUCAUCGUCGUUCGGUAUGUGAUACCUGGUGAUUCUGUGGCUAGAUCGUAUGUAUAUACACGCAUGUACGCACGCCAGCACGAGAGCGAGAGCGGAUACGACGCUCCGGCGGCCCUCGCGAGAUUUGGGCCGACCGCCGGAGAGGCGACCCGAGCAAACGAGGAUGUAAAUGUUUCAAUAAAUCCACGUAU